CUCGAAUCCUAGCAGCAGAGACAUCAAUGGGACAAUCUAGCAAAAGUAUGUUAGGUUCUCCUUCUCCAGAUAAAAGGAAGGCUGAGGAUGAAUUGGAGACAGUGAAUCCAAAGAAGAAGAUAAUCUGUCUGAUUGCUUCCAUCAAAGAAGAUGUGAGUUCCAUCAAAGUCGUUGUGGACUCUCUUAAAGAAGAUGUGGCUUCUCUCAAAGCAACUGUGAACUCUUUGAAAUCAACAUUUGAUUUGCUGUCCACAAAGAAAGAUUCACUUGCCAUUUUUACCUCAUUCAAGGAAACUGCAAGGAUACCUGCUUCGGUUAAGAAUAUUGUCAGACCAGUUAUUCAAAAUUCUGCAUCCUCUGAGGAUCUCAAGAUAAGUGAUCAAGGUGAAGAGCCUGCCCAUAAAAAGGCUAAAACAGAUACCAAUACUUGUAAAAAAGAGAGCAGCCGUAAUGUUUCUAGCAAGGAAUCUGAUGUAGUGAAGAAAGAAACCCUAGAACGAACGUUACCUACUUACUCUUUUAAGAAUCUUACAAAGACUGCUGAGGUAGGCGAGAGAGCCUUAUUCAUUCCAAAACAAGGGGGGAGAUAUGAUUGUGGCACGAUUUUCGUAAAGGGAUAUGAUUCUUCGCUUGGUGAGAAUGAUCUCGCGAGAGCAUUGCUUGAACAUUUCAGUCCAUGUGGAAUGAUCUCAAGAAUUUAUUUUCAAACAAAUGACGCCGGUGAAGCUGUCUUAAAACAUGUGUUCAUUGUAAUGUUACAAGGCACAGAGGACGCUUUAAAACUUAAUGGUAGUGACAUGGGAGGAUGCAAUCUUGAAGUUCAUGACGCUACAGAGAGAGACGAAUUCUAUGUCAAUUAUGAAGUGAGUGGUGGUCCGUUUAUCAAGAAACCUUGUCAGCGUCUUUUGGCUAGACGUAAAUACACAAGAGAAAAUCCCCCUGUGUAUGGCAUUGUCAGUUCUAGCAAGAUCAACAAGUAAUAGCGACCAGCCUCAGGCCCUCAAUCUAAGUGAAAGUGAAGCUUAUAAUCGUCCAAACGAUGAUAUAAAAGACAAAUUUACAAAAUUUUCUUACCGAUCCUUGUUUGGUCUUGUAAUCUUUGGUAAAUUUGGUGAAAAAGGCCAAGUGUGGAUAAUUCGGUUCGAUAUGAUUCAAACCGGUUUAGUUCAAAGACAUGAUUAUCAACCGGUUGAGAAUGAUGUGUUGAUCCCUUCUUUAGAUUUAUAUUAUAGGUCCGGUUUGAGAACCGAUGCAUGCAUAAGUGAUUCUUAACAAACUCGAGGAGGCCCAUUGUGUUUAAAAUGGAUAUCACUUGUUGAUUAAAGCUGGAGUUUACGUAGUUAUGCACAAUUUUGAACUCAU